CUGACUGGCUGAGGGGAAGACGCCGGGCGGUAAAUGGCGCUGCAGGCGGGAAGGUUGAGUGGCCGGUGCUCCGAGCCUCCGGGGAGAUGUGUAGUGACUUCCAUAGGGCUGAAUCUGGGACGGAGCUCCUUGCCCGACUGGAAGGUAGAAGUUCCUUGAAAGAAAUAGAACCACAUCUGUUUGCUGAUGAAGAGUCACCUGUGCAUGGUGAUAUUCUUGAAUUUCAUGGUGCAGAGGGAACAGGAAAAACAGAAAUGCUUUAUCAUCUGACAGCACGAUGUAUACUCCCAAAAUCGGAAGGGGGACUGGAAGUAGAAGUCGUGUUUAUUGAUACAGAUUACCACUUUGAUAUGCUCCGGCUGGUUACGGUCCUGGAGCAUCGGCUGUCCCAGAGCUCUGAAGAAACAGUGCGCCGCUGCCUUGGCCGAUUGUUUCUGCUGUACUGCGGUGGUAGCACCCAGUUACUCCUCACCCUGUGCUCGCUGCAAACCAUGCUCUGCAGUCAUCCUUCUGUCUGCCUUUUGAUUUUGGAUAGCCUGUCAGCUUUUUAUUGGAUAGACCGCGCAAACGGAGGAGAAAGUGUUAACUUACAGGAGUCGACUCUGAAGAAGUGCUCUCAGCUCUUAGAGAAGCUUGUAAACGAGUAUCGCUUGGUUCUCUUUGCAACAACGCAAAGUAUAAUGCAGAAAGCCUCAAACCCGGAGGAAGGGCCGUCCUGUGCCUUUAAUCGCCCGGGUGACGUGGAUGUGGACUAUAGGCCCUAUCUCUGUAAGGCGUGGCAGCAGGUAGUGAAGCGUAGAAUCCUCUUCUCCAAACAAAAUGAUUCUAAAGCCGGCAACCAGUUUUCUUUAGUUUCACGUCAUUUAAAAAGUAACAAUUUAAAAAAACACUUUUUUACUAUUGGAGAAAGUGGUGUUGAGUUUUGUUGAUGUGUAUCUUAAAACAGUCUUUGGUCAGAUGUUAUGGAAGUUUUAAAAAGUGUUUAAUAGGCUAAAAUGAUUUGAUUCUAAAAUUUUAAACUCUAAGGGAAUCUAACAUAACCACAUUUCUACACAGAAUGGAGUUCUUAAACUGGAACCUGAGACUGUUCUGUUCCUGGGUUGUUGAAGAUUAUUUAGAGUGAUAAUAAUAAUAGUUAAACUAUAUUAAGUGUUUUAAAACUAAAUACAUAAGAUACACAUUUCAGUCCAAAUAAAAUGGAGUUUUCUAACUUUGUGUCACAUUUCUGGAACUCAGUUAAAUACUUGUUUAGGAAAGUUGAAACGCCUUUCUGAUUUUUCAUAUGUAACUCCUUUAAGAAGCUGUGAACUUGGAAAAUGUUUCUAUGGAGCUGUUAUUUCUGUAAAGGGGAUGAAAGCAAGGAGCCUACCCAAUCUGCCGUUCACACCCAAGACUACGGGAAGUCAAAGCAUUCUGAUCUGUUAUACUGAAUCCCAGGACACAGUGGUUGGGUUUCUGUAUAAUUGUAAAAUCACGGGGAAAUGAGAUACCCAUUCAGAGAAUUCUGUGAAGGUUGAAAUUUUCAUCUUUCUUGUUAAGUAACUUGUUGUUUGUUGUUGUUCAGUUGCUCAGUCAUAUUCAACUGUUUGUGACCUCACGGACUGCAGCACGCCAGGCUUCCCUGUCCUUCACCAUCUCCCGGAGUUUGCUCAAACUUGUGUCCAUUGAGUCCAUGAUGGCAUCCAGCCAUCUGGUCCUAUCACCGCUUUCUCCUCCUACCUUUGUUAAGUAAGAGACAAAUGCUAAAACUAUAGUAUAAUUGCACAUUACUUGUGUUUUCUUACCCAUUUAGAAUAGGUCAGACAUACCCUGAAAGGAAUUGAAACGCUGCCAGCUGAGAGCUGGACAAGGCUUUAUAUCCCUUGGUCCAGUAAUGGCCAGAAAGCACCAUAAAUGGCCCCUGGCAUGCAUCUCCAGGGGCACACGAGGUAGCCUGUGGUGAAGGAGCAAGAAAAAUUUAGAACCUUGAUUCGUAGAUUCUAAUCUAAGAAAGGAUUGAGUCAUCAAUACUUGAUAUUCGGAUUGACCCUGUCGCUCAUUCAACCCGUGUAUCAUAUUGCCUUAUGUCACUUGUAUUUUUGAGGUAUCCUGUAGGAAAAGUGGAAAGAACAAUGGACUCAGGUGUUCUCAAGGGUGUAAUCAUUUAAAUGUAAGCUGUUCAGUUAAAAUUAACUGUAUGUUCACUUACCUAACAAAGCUGCUCUGUAAGGGCUUAAAAGAUCAUUUUCAUAAUGCAGGCAUAGCAGAUGCAGCAUAUGCUGUCUGUACCUGCAGCCCCUCCAGCUUUGGGGAACCUGCAGUUCCGAAACCCAGCGACUUCUGUGAGUAUUGUCUGGACACAGAGCCUGCUGGGCGGCAUGUGGGCCAGGCGGGGCAGUCCUUACCAGUGAGGGCCAGCUCAUGGUAGGUUGGUAACUCCUCACGCCUCGGUGAGAACCAAGGUAUUUCUCAGGCGGCCCCUGUAGGAGCCAUCGCCUCAUUCUCUCACUGUUUCUUACCUUCCACCCUUUCCUCUCACUUCCCCACUCUCAUGCGGCCUCAUGGGAUUCUCUCCCUAAAAAACAAAAUCCUUGUCUAGGGACUGCUUUUGUUGUGAGUUGAGGGGGAACCAAACUGUCGGCAGGCAAUAAGUCAUCAGGCUAUUCAGCCACAUUAUGGACUUAAAAAUAAUGGCAUUCUAAUUUUUAAGUUAAAUUACAUCAGAUCACAUUAGUGUCAUCUACACCCACUUACCUGUGUGCCCUCAAUAAAUUUAUUUUGCUAUUAAUAUACUUUAUUACCAUAUUUUAUCCACAGUUCCUUUUUCAUUUUAUAUUCUUGUGUAUUUUAUUACAUGCAGUACAUGUUAUACGUAAGUUCAGUUCAGUCGCUCAGUCACGUCUGACUCUUUGCAGCCCCACGAAUCGCAACACGCCAGACCUCCCUGUCCAUCACCAUCUCCCAGAG